CCCCAGGUGCGCUACCCCGACCGCAUCACGCUGAUCAGGGGCAAUCAUGAGAGCCGGCAGAUCACGCAGGUGUACGGCUUCUACGACGAGUGUCUGCGCAAGUACGGCUCCGUCACCGUGUGGCGAUACUGCACCGAGAUCUUCGACUACCUCAGCCUGUCGGCCAUCAUCGACGGCAAGAUCUUCUGUGUCCACGGGGGCCUCUCCCCGUCCAUCCAGACGCUGGAUCAGAUCCGCACGAUCGAUCGCAAGCAAGAGGUGCCGCACGACGGGCCCAUGUGUGACCUGCUCUGGUCUGACCCCGAAGACACGACGGGCUGGGGCGUGAGCCCGCGGGGCGCCGGGUACCUCUUCGGCAGCGACGUGGUGGCCCAGUUCAACGCCUCCAACGACAUCGACAUGAUCUGCCGCGCCCACCAGCUGGUCAUGGAGGGCUACAAGUGGCACUUCAAUGAGACCGUGCUCACCGUCUGGUCGGCCCCCAACUACUGCUACCGGUGCGGGAACGUGGCCGCCAUCCUGGAGCUGGACGAGCACCUGCAGAAGGAAUUUAUCAUCUUUGAAGCUGCCCCCCAGGAAACCCGGGGGAUCCCCUCCAAGAAGCCCGUUGCUGACUACUUCCUGUGACCCCCCCCCCACCUGGGCUGAGGCAGCCCCUGGUUUCCCCUGCUGGGGGGUUUGGGGGCACUUGGGGGGCUGAUCCCAGCCCCGCUCGUUCCCUGGGGUGUCGAACGUGGGGCCGCUCAGAAUCCAGCCCUGCUCUGGGUUGAACUGACUGUUACCUCCCUGCCCCCGUCUCCGUGUUACCCUCCCCUUCUGCAGCGCCCCCAAAUCGACAGCUGAUUUCGCCAGGCUUCAGUCCCCCGCCUCUUAUUUAAUAUCGGGGCCCCUUCCCCCUGCAGCCCCGGCCUGGCUGCGGCAGGGCAUCUGCCCUCCCAAACUGGAUCCCACAUAUCGGGGGCGACCCCAACCCAGUCGGACAGCCCACUAUCCUGUGGGUCACCCCACAACUUCAUCUCUCCUGAGGGACCAGUUUCUCCACCCACCCCGUCUCUUUGGGGAGGGGGGGCUAUUCCUACACCCCCAUUUCUCUCUGGGGAGGAGCCCCUCCUGAUCUGUCUCCUCUUGACAUUUUUAUUUCUUCGGUUUAAUUAUUUGUUUCCAAUUUUUGCCUUUUUCGUUCAUUUUAGAUAA